AUGACGAUGAAGCUGCUGACGUACGCUGAAGGAUGGGAGGAGCCCGAGGUGUUCUCGGAGAUGGCGGCGUGCGUUCCGUGCGAGAGGAAGGAGCCGGCGGGCCACGGGUUCCUCCGCGCGUGUCUCCGGCAGCUCGGGCUCGAGCCGUACAAGGACGACGGCGCCGGGGACUCUCGCCGCGGCGGCGCGUCGUCCGGCGCGUCGAGCUCGAGCGAGGCGGGGGAGGACGACGGGGCGGACGACAGCGGCGUGGACGUCGAGGGCCUCAAGGCCAAGGCGCAGUUCAAGGGCAAGGGCAAGAAGAAGGAGAAGAAGAAGGACGAGGACUUCUACGCGCUCCUGGGGCUCGGAGCGGAGCGCUGGAUUGCCAGCGAGAAGCAGAUUCGCGACGCGUACCGCAAGGCCGCGCUGACGAUGCACCCGGACAAGGCCGCGCAGAACGGCCUGACCCACGACGAGGCCGACGCCCGCUUCAAGGUCCUCCAGGACGCGUACAACACUCUGUCGGACCCGAAGAAGCGCCGCGAGUACGACUCGACGCUCGAGUUCGACGACUUCCUGCCGUCCAGCGCCGAGUCCGACCAGGACUUCUACCGCGUGUUCGGCGCGGCGUUCGCGCGGCAGGCCCGCUGGAGCGAGCGCAAGCCCGUCCCGAAGCUCGGAGACGACUCCACGCCGUACGACUACGUAUUGCGGUUUUACGAGUUCUGGUUCAAGUUCAAGAGCUGGCGGGUGUUCCCGCACCCGGACGAGGAGGACGAGGAGAGCGCGGAGGGGCGCGACCACCGGCGGUGGAUCCGGCGCAACAACGAGAAGCUGCGGGCCAAGGAGAAGAAGAAGGAGGGCGCGCGGCUGCGGGAGUUCGUGGACAACGCGUACAGCUGCGACCCGCGCGUGCAGGCGCGCGUCGCGGCGGAGAAGGAGAAGCGCGAGGCGCGGAAGAAGGAGAAGGCGGAGGAGCGGGCGCGCAGGGAGGCGGAGGAGAAGGCGGCGGCGGCGGCGGCGGCGAAGGCGGCGGAGGAGGAGGAGGAGCGGCGGCGGGCGGAGGAGGAGGCGCGGCGGCGUGCAGAACAAGUUGAGAAAAAGGCUCUGCGGAAGGAACGAGCGCGGCUAUCUAAGCUGCUCGCGUCCGGCGCGGGGGGCGCGGACAUCGAGGGCGCGGACGUCGACGCGCUGUGCCAGGACCUGGGCCUCGCGGAGAUGUCGGAGCUGUGCCGCGCGGUGGAGGAGGGCGGAGACGCGGCGCCGCGGGCCGUGCAGGACGCGCUGGGCAGCGUGCGGGCGAAGCGGGCGGCCGCGGAGGAGGCGCGGCAGCGCGAGCUCGCGGAGAUGGAGGCGCGCAAGGAGAGGGAGGCGGCGGAGGCAGAGGCAGCGAAGGCGCGCGCGAUGACGGAGUGGUCCGCGGAGGAGCUGCGGCUGCUCGACAAGGCGGUGAACGAGAAGUUCCCGCCCGGGUCUCAGCGGAGGUGGGAGAACAUCGCGGCGUACGUGCGCACGCGGACCGUCGACGAGGUGCUCGUGAUGGUCAAGCAGCGCCUGAGCAAGGGCCACGUCCCGCAGGCCAUGCGGCACGACAAGUACGAGAUCCCGGAGAAGCGGACGGGGAACCUGGUGAUUACGUCGGAGGCGUCGGUGCGGGACAGGGCGUUCACGGACGUGGCCGUGGCGGGUGGCGGGAAGGCUGCGGCGGAGGGGAAGGCUGCGGCGGGCGGGGCGGCGGGCGGGGCGGUCGGGCGCGACCUAAAGGGGGAUGCGUCGGUGGCGACGCCGAAGAGCGCGGCCAAGGUGGUGAGUGCGGCGAGCGGGGCGUGGACGGACGUGCAGGAGAAGGCGCUCGUGAAGGCGAUGAAGGCGUUCGGGAAGGACGUGCCGGACCGCUGGGCGCGCGUGGCGGAGGCCGUGCCGGGCAAGUCGGAGGCCGAGUGCAAGCUGCGGUUCAAGGAGCUGACCGCGGCGUUCAAGGCGAAGAAGGAGGCCGCGAAGGCGGGGAAGUGA